AUGCUCCCCUCGACUCUCCGUUCGACCUUACGGGGCGUGCGCUAUAACUCCUCCUAUCCCGUUCAUCAGUUUGCCGAACUCGCCCGUCGCCCUUCAUCCUUACACCAAAUCUAUACCUCCCUAUCCACAGACCCCUACGUCAAUCUCUCCAUCGAGCAUUUCCUACUCCAAAACGCCCCAGACGAGUCCAGCGUUCUAUUCCUCUAUACCAACCGUCCAUGCGUAGUCAUCGGUCGCAAUCAGAACCCAUGGCUUGAAACGGAUCUCCGCGCGCUGCAUAAUGACCGGAUCGGCGCUCCCGAAGAAGAGGCUGUCUUCGUGCGCCGACGGUCUGGCGGCGGAGCUGUUUUCCACGAUGAAGGAAAUCUUAAUUAUAGCGUGAUCUCUCCGCGCACAUUGUUCACACGCGACAAGCAUGCUGAGAUGGUUGUGCGUGCCCUCCACGGGGUCGGGGCAACAAAUACCAGUGUCAAUGAACGCCAUGACAUUGUCAUGGCGCGGGAUGAGACUGGCGAUCCCGACGAACCUCUCACGCGCAAAGUAUCUGGCUCAGCAUUCAAACUGACGAGGCACCGGGCCUUACAUCAUGGCACCUGUUUGCUCGAUUCCCCUAAUAUCCACGAUCUCGGAAAAUACUUGCGGUCGUCUGCGCGAGGCUAUAUCCAAGCCAAGGGCGUGGAAAGCGUUCGCUCCCCAGUGGGCAAUGUCUCUGCUUCACUCGCCGACUCGUUCUUCUCCAUGCAGGGCGUGGUGGGGGGCAUCAUUGAACAAUUCGCUCAGCUGUACGGGGUGAAUUCCGACGCUGUGCUCAGAGCGCAACGUGCCCAUGCUAAUGAGCCGGAGGUUUUUGCUGGAGACUCUUGGGUUGCCGGUACUGUUAGUGAAGUGCAGGGCGAGCAGGAGUCAGACAUUGCGAAGGGAAUUGCUGAGCUGCGAUCGUUGGAUUGGAAGUACACUCAAACCCCACGGUUCACUUUCUCGACGUAUCCCAUUGAAGAGGAUCCGCGUGAAAGACCGCCAUUGCCUGCGUCGCUUCCUUCAAGUACUCGCGCAUUCCUCCGUCUGCAACACGGUGCUGUUGUUGAAAGCCAUAUCUCCAUUUCGUCCGAUGAGACUACUGCUUCUGACGAAGCCAGUCGUGUCCAUGCAGCCCUGAACGGACAGAAGCUACACGAGAUGACCGUGGCGCGAUGGUCUGAAAUUCUCAAACAGGGUCUCGGUGGACCCGGUGGUGUCGAUGAUGCUCUUGUCAAAGAACUGGCCAAGUUCCUAGGCGGACUGCUGGGUGGCUGA